CUGGAGUCCUGUGGUAACAAUGAGAACCUUCUAGAAGAAGAUGAUGGAGGUUGUAGUUCCUCCAUGGCGUCCAUCAGAUGGCGGUCGCUCGGUGCAGGGAGGUCCAUCAGAUGGCGGUCGCUCGGUGCAGGGAGGUCCAUCAGAUGGCGGUCGCUCGGUGCAGGGAGGUCACUUACACUUCACCUCUUACAGGUCAUCCAGGCCCAAAAUAUAGGCUUCUUCAAUCUAGAAUCUUCUACAGAUUUAUGAGACAAUUCUCCAGACUGACCGAUCAACCAUGGAGAGAGACAGGAACAAGAUGGCCGACAGGAUCAUAAACCUCACCCUACAGAUACUCUUCCGGCUUACUGGAGAGGAUUACACAGUAGUGAAGAAGUCCUCUAGUGGGCGCUGUCGGGCCCCUGUGUGUGAAGGAUGGGGAAGAACCCUGAGCCCAAUCCUGGGGCCCCCACCUCACUCCCUGAUACAUGAGGAAAUGGAUGAACAGAAGAUCCUAGAACUCAUCAACAAGAUGAUGGAGCUGCUGACUGGAGAGGUUCCUAUAAGGUGUCAGGACGUGGCGGUCUAUUUCUCCAUGGAGGAGUGGGAGUAUGUAGAAGGACACAAGGAUCAGUACAAGGAUCAGGUGAUGAUGGAGGAUCAGCAGCCCCUCACAUCAGCAGUCAGAUCCAGUAAGAGAACAGCAGCAGAGAGGUGUCCCCGUCCUCUUCUUCCACAGGAUCAGCUUAGAAAUCCGGGUGAAGUUCAGAUCUAUAUUAAUGCUCCAGACAUACGGGAAGAAAAAGAAAAGACAGAUGUCAGCAGUGAUGAGCAGUAUAAGGAGGACAUUACUACAGGGAAAGAUGUGAUCUAUAUUAAUGGUACAGACAUAAAAGAAAAAGAGACAAAUGUGAACGGUGAUGAGCAGUAUAUGGGGGACAUUCCCACAGGGAAAGAUCUAAUCUAUAUCAAUGCUACAGGCAUGAAGGAAGAAGAGACAGAUGUGAGCGGUGAUGAGCAGUAUAAGGGGGACAUUCCCACAGGGAAAGAUCUGAUCUAUAUUAAUUUUACAGACCUAAAAGAAAAAGAGACAAAUGUGAACGGUGAUGAGCAGUAUAUGGGGGACAUUCCCACAGGGAAAGAUCUAAUCUAUAUCAAUGCUACAGGCAUGAAGGAAGAAGAGACAGAUGUGAGCGUUGAUGAGCAGUAUAAGGGGGACAUUCCCACAGGGAAAGAUCUGAUCUAUAUUAAUUCUACAGACCUAAAAGAAAAAGAGACAGAUGUGAACAGUGAUGAGCAGUAUAUGGAGGACAUUCCUACAGGGAAAGAUCUGAUGUAUAUAAAUAUUACAGACAUAAAAGAAGAAGAAGAGACAGAUGUGAGCGGUGAUGAGCAGUAUAAGGAGGACAUUCCUACAGGGAAAGAUCUGAUCUAUGUUAAUGCUACAGACAUAAGGGAAGAAGAAGAAGAGACAGAUAUGAGCGGUGAUAAGCAGUAUGUGGAGGACAUUCCUACAGGGAAAGAUCUGAUCUAUAUUAAUGCUACAGACAUAAGGAAAGAAGAAGAAGAAGAGACAGAUAUGAGCGGUGAUGAGCAGUAUAAUGGGGACAUUCCUACAAGGAAAGAUCUGGUCUAUAUUAGUGCUACAGACGUAAAAGAAGAAGAGACAGAUGUGAACAGUGAUGAACAGUAUAUGGAGGACAUUCCUACAGGGAAAGAUCUGAUGUAUAUGAAUACUACAGACAUAAAAGAAGAAGAAGAGACAGAUGUGAGCGGUGAUGAGCAGUAUAAGGAGGACAUUCCUACAGGGAAAGAUCUGAUCUAUGUUAAUGCUACAGACAUAAGGGAAGAAGAAGAAGAGACAGAUAUGAGCGGUGAUGAGCAGUAUAUGGAGGACAUUCCUACAGGGAAAGAUCUGAUCUAUAUUAAUGCUACAGACAUAAGGGAAGAAGAGACAGAUAUGAGUGGUGAUGAGCAGUAUAAGGGGGACAUUCCUACAGGGAAAGAUCUGGUCUAUAUUAGUGCUACAGACAUAAAAGAAGAAGAGACAGAUGUGAACAGUGAUGAACAGUAUAUGGAGGACAUUCCCACAGGGAAAGAUCUGAUGUAUAUAAAUACUACAGACUUAAAGAAAGAAGAAGAGACAGAUGUGAGCGGUGAUGAGCAGUAUAAGGAGGACAUUCCUACAGGGAAAGAUCUGAUCUAUAUUAAUGCUACAGACAUAAGGGAAGAAGAAGAAGAAGAGACAGAUGUGAGCUGUGAGGAGCAGUAUAAGGAGGACAUUCCUACAGGGAAAGAUCUGAUGUAUAUAAAUGCUACAGACAUAAAGGAACAAGAGGAGACAGAUGUGAGCGGUGAUAAGCAGUAUAUGGAGGAAAUUACUACAGGUAACCUCCCAGAUGACUGUACCAGGAGAUCAGAGGAGAAUCUUAUAUCUUCAUAUUAUAAAGCAGAUGAUGAUAUCACACAAGAUACAUAUGAAGAACCUUCCAUUAUCCCAGAUACACCCUCAGCCCUUCACAGCCAAGAUCUGUCACCUGAUCCUUCUAAAGAUGUUGAAAGUUACGGAAAGGAUGAUGAACUUCUAUUUCCAUGUUCACAAUGUGGAAAAUGUUUUACCCAGAAAAAAUAUCUUGUUAGACAUCAGAUAAUUCACACAAAUCAGAAGCCAUUUUCCUGUUCUGAAUGUGGAAAAUGUUUUAAGUCAAACAAAAAUUGUGUGAAACAUCAGAUAACUCACACACUCUCACAAAGUUUCACUAUAAAAUCAACUCUUGUUGAACAUCAAAGAAGCCAAACGGAGGAGAAGAUAUUUUCAUGUUUAGAAUGCGGGAAGUGUUUCAAUGCGAAAUCAGGUCUUGAAAGACAUCAAAGAUCUCACACGGGGGAGAAGCCAUUUUCAUGUUCAGAAUGUGGAAAACGUUAUAGUAUGAAAUCUGAUCUUGUUAAACAUCACAGAUCUCACACAGGGGAGAGGCCGUUUUCAUGCCCAGAAUGUGGGAAAUGUUUUUCUCGGACAUCGUCUCUUGCUGAACAUAAGAGAAUUCACACAGGGGAGAAGCCGUUUGCAUGUUCAGUAUGUGGUAAAUGUUAUAAUGGGAAAUCAGAUCUUGUUAAACAUCAAAGAACUCACACAGGGGAGAAGCCGUUUUCAUGCCCAGAAUGUGCUAAAUGUUUUGCUUUUAAAGCAAAGCUUGUUAGACAUCUAAGAAGUCACAUAGGGGAAAAGCCAUUUUCAUGCCAAGAAUGUGGGAAAUGUUUUGCUGAGAAAUCAACUCUUGUUAAACAUCAGAGAACUCAUGCAGUGGAUAAGCCAUUUGCAUGCUCAUUAUGUGGUAAACGUUAUAAUGGGAAAUCAGAUCUUGUUAGACAUCAAAGAACUCACACAGGUGAGAAGCCCUUUUCAUGUUCAGUUUGUGAUAAAUGUUUUGCUUUGAAAUCAAAGCUUGUUAGACAUCUGAGAAUUCACAUAGGGGAAAAGCCAUUUUCAUGCCAGGAAUGUGGGAAAUGUUUUGCUGAGAAAUCAAUUCUUGUUCAACAUCAGAGAACUCACGCAGGGGUGAAUCCUUUUACGUGUUCAGAAUGUGGGAAAUGUUUUAAUAAGAAAUCAAAUCUUGUUAGACAUCAAAGAACUCACACGGGAGAGAAGCCAUUUUCAUGCCCAGAAUGUGCUAAAUGUUUCGCUUUAAAAUCAAAGCUUGUUAGGCAUCUGAGAAUUCACACAGGGGAAAGGCCAUUUUCAUGCCAAGAAUGUGGGAAAUGUUUUGCUGAGAAAUCAGAUCUUGUUCAACAUCUGAGAACUCACGCAGGGGUGAAUCCUUUUACAUGUUCAGAAUGUGGGAAAGGUUUUAAUAAGAAAUCAAAUCUUCUUAGACAUCAAAGAACUCACACAGGGGAGACACCAUUUUGAUACCCAGGGAGAUGUUUUACAAAAAUGAAACUCUAAUUGUACAUUAUUUUAUUAUUAAAUUAAAAUUAUUUUAUUUAUUUAUUUUUUACUGCACCCUUGGCUCCAGGGGCUGUACGUAUGAUAAGGGUUAAACUCCAUCGGGACUGCAUUGCUGUCUAAGGAGAUGGCAAUGUCCACACGCGGCAGUUCCCUGCUGCCUGAAUGACCGUAGCGUGGACGACCUCUAAUGGUAGAGAAAACAUUUUCUCCCUAGGUCUUUAUUAAAAAAAAAGUUUUUUUUACUUUUUCUGAUAUUAGUAAAGUCCAUCAGACAAGCAAUUCUAUCAUGGGCCUCUUAUCAGCCAUUCUCUUCUCUGCUGAGUCAAUGCUAAUUUUGGACUUUCCUGUUAUUUUACUAGCUAUUUUGCACAAUUUAUGUAUGUCCUUUUCAUUUUUUGUGACUUUAAUGUACCAUUGCAUAUUAAAGCCUAAAAAUUUAAUA